ACUGAACUCAAGCGUCAUGUAUGUCKGUUUAUUAUUAUUAUUAUAAAAUAUAAAUGACAAAUGUUGAAUAGUUAUUUGUUAACAAAAUAUAAGCAAAGUAGUAAAGUUGUUUAAUGUAUGCUUGUUGCUUAAUUCGAAACUGAACUCGAAAGCUGUACUUAAUUCGAAACUUGAGUGAAGUUUAUUAUACUGGAUAUUUAAUGUUCGUCUAGAAUCAUGGUCAAACUUACAACAGAAUUGAUCAUGAAUUCGUACCAAUUCAUAAAUCCAGUCAAAGACAGAGAAUUGGAUUUGAGAGGUUACAAAAUACCACUGAUUGAAAACACGGGUGCAACACUUGAUCAGUUUGAUACAAUUGACUUCUCAGACAAUGAUAUCAGAAAAAUUGAUGGUUUUGCAUACCUUAAAAGAUUGAAAAACCUAAUAUUUAAUAACAAUGCUAUUGUACGUAUAUCAGAUAACUUAGAACAAUGUCUACCAAAUCUUGAAUCUUUAAUACUAACAGGUAAUCAAAUUCAAGAACUUGGAGAUUUAGAUCCUCUUGCUUCACUUCCAAAAUUGAAAAUGUUGAGUCUUUUACAUAACCCAGUAGCAUCUAAAGAGCAUUAUCGACUAUAUGUAGCACAUAAAAUUCCGCAAGUUCGGAUUCUGGACUUCAGAAAAGUUAAAUUGAAGGAAUAUGAAGCAGCUAAAACAUUAUUUAAAGGCAAAGAAGGAAAAGAACUUAAAAAGAAGUUGGUUAAGAAAUCUAAUCAAUUUGUUCCUGGAGAAGGUCUUGAAACCAGAAGAGCAAAUGGUAAUAUAAAGUUGAAUUUACUUUUAUUUAUACAGUUAUUGUUUUGGUUCAAUUUUGUAGUAGUUUUAUAAUUUAAUAAUUUACAU